AUGGGUGAUUCCGAUGCGAAAGAUGGUGAGAUCCCCAGAACCCUCCGUCGACCAUUCUAUCUCUCUGCAGCUCUGUCAUGGAGGCGGAAAAAGAAGCAUCACCAGCACAUUGGCUUGUUUUUCCAUGCGGAAAAGAAACCCUCUCAUCAAGGUUGGGUAAUAGUCUUAUGUGAUGUUAAAGACGAGGACUCUGAUGAUGAUGAUGAGAAAUUUGACAACUCAAUCCCAAAUUGGACAUAUGGGGAUUGUUUUUUGUGGAAUCCAGUAACAUUACAGACAAUUCAAUUACCAAAUUUACUCUCCUGGAUUACUAAACCUAAUGCAUAUCAACUGUUUGAUUGUAUUUUAUCAUCACCUCCUGGAGGAGCUCAUAAAGGUGGUGAUAAUCCAGUACCAGUAGUUCUAUUUCUUUUCAGACAAGAAGAUGAAGGGUUCGAUCAUGUGUUAGCAUUUUGCAACCGUGGAGACAAACAAUGGAGAACUCAAUUACUGUCUCGGGAUAUCAUAAAUAUAAAGCAACUUGUUUCCCUUCAUUGUUUCCGAGGUAAGUUAUACGCAAUGGGUUUAGACAAGGUACACCUAGAGAUACACCUCCUUGGAGCUAAUCAUCAUAAUGUUAGCCUUGCUACAAGGCCAUUCAAGGUAAGAUUCUGUGGAUUCUUUCAGUUUCGAGGAGCAAGGGGUGAAUCUAUGUGCUUAGUACAUUUUGUUGAGUGUUGCGAUGAAUUUUUCAAGAUUAACAUAAACUACAAUGAAAGGGGAUUUGAGAAGGUAGUAACCUCAAUACUUGUGAUGAGGUUGGACUUCACUUUGAUGCAGUGGAAGGUGGUGAGUUGUCUCAGUAAUCACGUUCUGUUUGCUGGGAGAAACACAGCUUAUUGCUUCAUUUCUGACUUGGGACUCACCAGGGGUUGUUUGUAUUAUACACUUUCUGAAGAUCAAGGGUUGUACAAAUUUGAUAUAGAAGACACCGCUGAAUCUGUUAUAUUGCCGUGUCUGAAAAUGCCAACACCAUGGUUCUCGUCAUCUUGGAUCACGUUGCCUAAUGGGCGGGGAAGAAAGGAUGGUGCGUCAGGUAAAGAUGAAGAAGAAAAAUGCCACAUACUUGAAGGGGGAAAGAAAACAAGUACAAUCCGUAGUUAUGAUGAGACAGUGAAUAAGAAUGAGAAUGCCAGUCAGGUUGAGAAACAUAAUCCUUGGCAUUUGGAAGAAGAAAAGCCAUGGUGCAUUCUUAACGGUGACACGGUGCAGUUGAUAGCAAGUUAUCUCCAUCCAGUGGAUUACGUGCAUUUUCGGUCAAUCAAUAAAGCGAAUCGAGAGGUAAUGCCUGUAGUGAAAUCUAGGUUCAUUCAUACUACUCAAACCUUUGAAACUGGAAAUUUAUUUCCAUGGCUGGUGUUCUCUAGAGAUAACAGCUCCGCCAUGUAUAAUUUUAUAAACCCGAUCCAUAAUAAUGAGAACUACCUCAUAAAGUUCUCGGAAUUGCUAGUAGGUGCCACAAUCCGUUAUCAAAAGGAUGGUUGGCUACUACUUUCCAGAGAGAAAGAGUUGUUCUUUUAUAAUCCUUUCUCAAGAGAGACCAUCCAACUUGCCGACUUUCAAGGGUGUCAUUACUUGUCAGACAUCUCUUUCUCCUCUUUACCGACUGCUCCAGACUGUAUUGUUUUUGGCAUUGAUAGAAGUGGUGUUGGUGCUUCUAUCACCAUUUACUCGAUUAGACGAGGAGAACAACAAUGGGAUUUCUUUAGUCUUGAAGAGUUUGAUGUUGAAAAAGAUUCGGCUUCACAAAACACUCCAACUUUGUUUGAUGGGGUCUUGUAUCCGGUAGGUUAUGAUGGAACUUUAAAUAAACUUAAUUUAUCGGAUGAUACGUAUGAACUUCUUCAGAAACCUUAAAUACGUUUUAAUGACUCGUAUCCAAGUUUCUUGGUGAAGUGUGGAGAAGAUCUCUUGCUAGUAAAAUUAGGAUGUCCCAAGAUGUUAGUUAGAAUCUAUCGAAUGGAUUUCUUUAAAAUGGAAUGGGUUAAAGUUGAAAGUUUGGGAAAGCAUAUGUUGUUCAUUAGCGACAUCACUUGUUUCUCAGCAAUUUCUCCAAAUAGUCGGAUGGAGAACAAAGUAUAUUUCCCUAGAGUAUACCUGGACAGCGAAGGAAUUUUAUGCUAUUCACUUGAAACAGGAUGUUAUCACUCUUUUGGUGGCACCUCUCAGCAUUCUGCUAAUAAUAUAUAUGGCACUAAGGGUUGGCAUUCAAACUGCACUUGGAUUCAGCCUAAUUGGUCGAAGUCCUCUCCUCAAGAGCUUGAUUGGCUGUGGAUGGAGUCUUGUUUGGAUACCAAUUCUAAAGAAACUGCUCAUUGUAAUCCAUGGGAAGAGAUCAGAGAACUCAUCUGGUUUUUUGCGAGCGACAUCAAUUUUUCUCACACAUACUUCAAUUUGUCUCCAGGCAUUUUUUGAGUGUGCAAUUGGCUCCUUUUUUUGAGGUUGAAAUUCGAGUCUCACUAGUUGCGAAACUUGAUUCUUUAGGGAUCAGAGAGGACCUGCGCAGGCUUGUAGACUCGACUGGUAUAUGAAGAUUGAUAAGAGUUGUGGUUGGA